AUGGCAGACCUCGGAUUCUACAAGGACAACUCGUUUCUGGCGGAGCAAUGGACGGAGUUUGGUGUCAGCGUGGCUAUCAUCUUUCUGCGACUAGGUGUUCGCCUGCGGAUGGUUGGUGCCAGGGGGUUUCAAGGAGAUGACUACUUGGCAUUCCUAGCACUGGCACUCCUCACGAUGGAUGGCAUCACAAUACACGAGGCACCAAUCUUGAAGUACCAGAUGCUUUGCAAAACAAACUGUCGCCAGCAGCAUACCGAUCGGUUGUAUCCGGCUCAAAGUUCGAACUGGCUGCCUGGUACUCAUAUACAGCCUUGA